AUGGGAGGUAAAGCAAAGAUUGAAUGUCAACCCAAUUGUAAACGACAAGGCACUUCAAUGACUCUUAUUAGAUCAGCUGCAGAAAAAAGACGGAGACGACAAAUCAUUGAAGAAAUUUUAAGUGAAUCGUUAGAAAAUAAUGAAACGGGUAAUGCUCAAGAACCAAAUAUUGAUGCCGUAUCAGUUAACACUGUUGAACAUAUUGACAUUGAUUCUGCUCCUGUAAAUUUAACACCUGACCAAAAAGUUAGUGUUGAAACACAAACUGAUAUUAAAAACCGUACCGUUGCUGUACAAGUGAAUAAUCGUCCUAAGUAUCGUAGUGUGGCAGUUCAAUGUAAAAUUUUAUCAACUGGAGUUGAUAAAUCCUGCUCACCACUGCGUCAAAAAUCAAUUUCAAAUUUACUCGAUGCCCAGAAAAGUUUGUCAUUAAGUAGUUUUACACAUUCAAAUAGUUCACAAGAAAUUUAUGAACCUUCCGAAAAUACUGGCUCAAGUACUAUGGAUUCUGGCAGCUGUCAAUCUCCUGUAAAAAAAGCUGAAAUUUUGAAAGUCACAAAUUACUUAAUUAACGACAAUUUAAAGGCGUAUACAGGAGUUCCUCAAGAAUGGAAUGUUAUUGUAUGUGUUAUGUGUACCUUGAUGCCUUAG